CUGGAGUUGAAUUAUGCAAUUAGAAUGUGGAGAAUCACACUAUCAAUUCUUACUUGGUUUUAGUUAUUCACGACUUGUGGAGCUCGUUAUUGUCCGGCUUACAGACAAGAAAGGAAAAAGAUUUUAGUAAAUAAUCAUUCUUGGUGAUACAAUGAGAAAAAAAUAGGAAAACGCAAGGCCCACAAAAGCAUGGUACGAACUUCAAGGAUGCUUCUUACGCAAAGCUGCAGGAAAGAAAGUCAGCUGUGGCGCCUCGGAAUUGUAUUAAUAGGAUUCUUCUUUCCAUUUCAUGUAGUGGAACUUGGAACAACACGAGCUCGUUUAUUGGCUGCCUCCAUUCAUGUGUUCUGUCCUCUCAGGCACGGCCAAUACCAGGUUUAGAUACGUCGUGGUGGAUGUUUUUUAAUAUAUAGGAGUACGAAGGGCAACGAAAACCAGAGAAAAAGACUGGACGGCUAAGACCAGGUUUAGAUACGUUGUGGUGGAUGUAUUUUAAUCUAUAGGAGUACGAAGGGCAACGAAUACCAGAAAAAAAGACUAAAGAUUGCAAUGGCGACUGGUCUGGUGACUGGAAAUGGGCACUUGCAUUUUCCAGCGAAAUUAUGCAAAGAACAAGGUUGUAGGCAAGCUCCUUGGGUAUCUAAUGUUACUUUGAGGAGGUGUCUACAGAAAGAGUUCCCCAGAUCAUCUGGAGUAUCGAAGAUGUUGCAGGUCCAAGGAUAUGACUUUUCCCUAGCUCUUUUGAAUAAGAAUGGGAAUUCCCACAGAACUGUUACUGUAUCAUGCUUGAACGAUGGUACCACCAAGUAUUUUGACUUUGUUGUCAUUGGCAGUGGAGUUGCUGGUCUUCGUUAUGCUCUUGAAGUUUCAAAACAUGGGUCUGUUGCAUUGAUUACAAAGGCUGAGCCUCAUGAAAGCAACACAAACUAUGCACAAGGUGGUGUCAGUGCUGUUUUGUGCCCCUUGGAUUCUGUAGAGAAUCAUAUGCGUGAUACAAUAGUAGCAGGGGCUUAUUUAUGUGAUGAGGAGACUGUUAGGGUGGUUUGCACAGAAGGUCCUGACAGGGUUAGGGAGCUGAUUGCUAUUGGUGCAUCAUUUGAUCAUGGAGAUGACGGGAACUUGCAUCUAGCAAGGGAAGGAGGACACUCUCAUCACAGGAUUGUUCAUGCUGCUGAUAUGACUGGAAGGGAGAUUGAGAGGGCAUUAUUGAAAGCAGUAGUUGAUGACCCUAACAUCUUUAUGUUCGAUAACCAUUUUGCUAUAGAUUUGCUAACAACUCAGGAUGGUUUAGAAACAUAUUGCCAUGGUGUUGACACUCUAAAUGUAAAGACACAAGAGGUUAUGCGAUUUAUCUCUAAAGUUACUUUACUUGCAUCAGGUGGAGCGGGGCACAUCUAUCCCACAACUACUAAUCCACUGGUAGCCACUGGAGAUGGUGUUGCUAUGGCCCAUCGAGCUCAAGCUGUGAUCUCCAACAUGGAGUUUGUGCAGUUCCAUCCAACUGCUUUAGCUGAUGAAGGGCUUCCAAUAAAGGCAACUAAGAGUCGUGAAAAUGCAUUUCUUAUCACAGAAGCUGUUAGAGGGGAUGGAGGUAUCCUCUAUAAUCUAGACAUGGAAAGGUUCAUGCCCCUAUAUGAUGAGAGAGCAGAACUUGCUCCCAGAGAUGUGGUUGCAAGAGGUAUUGACGAUCAACUUAAAAAACGGAAUGAGAAGUAUGUGCUACUUGAUAUUAGUCACAAACCAAAAGAUGAGAUUCUUUCCCACUUUCCCAAUAUAGCUGCUGAAUGCCUCCGGUUUGGGCUGGAUAUAACUUGUGAACCAAUCCCAGUUGUCCCUGCUGCUCAUUACAUGUGUGGAGGAGUACGUGCUGGGCUCCAUGGAGAGACAAAUGUGCAUGGCCUGUUUGUGGCUGGUGAGGUCGCUUGCACAGGGUUGCAUGGUGCAAAUCGAUUAGCCAGCAAUUCAUUAUUAGAGGCACUUGUGUUUGCACAACGUGCUGUGCACCCUUCAAUAGAUCACAUGAGCAACUCAAGCUUUGACAUCCAUGCUUUGGAUUCAUGGUCCCAUCCAGUUGUGCCCACGCCACUGGGAGAUGAUGUAAUGGAAAAUAUAAUACGUAGGACAAAAGAAGUGAGGAAAAAGCUGCAGUUGAUCAUGUGGGAGUAUGUGGGAAUUGUGCGGUCAACCAGCCGGUUGAAGUUGGCAGAGUGGAGGAUUGGGGAGCUAGAGGCAGAGUGGGAAGAAUAUCUAUUUCGGCAAGGGUGGGAGCCAAGAAUGGUGGGACUCGAGGCAUGUGAGAUGAGGAACCUCUUCUGUUGUGCAAAUCUGGUCGUGAGUAGUGCACUUGCUAGGCAUGAAAGUCGUGGUCUUCACUUCAUGGUAGAUUUCCCACAUGUGGAUCAGAGCAAAAGGAGUCCCACAAUUAUCUUCCCCAGUUCUCCUGUGAAGGGUACAUGGAGCUCUCAGCAAGUCCAGAAGCAAUACCUGAGUGCAUGACCAACAAUACAAAGCAAUUGUCUUAUUUUUCAAGUAUGUUCAUCAUUCCUGACAAGAUUUCUAUUUUAAAACCUCAUGUAUGAAGCAAAUUGAAAAUUAUGCUCAUUGAAUGAAAAAGCCUUACAGGAACGGGUCUUACUUUUUAUGAACAGAUCUUUGAGGAAGGUGCAUUAGAUGAGGAACUCAUUCAAAUAGAGAAAAGUUCCAUUGACAUUUAAUGAUUCAAUUUUGUCCUUUGUGUAAAUUGUUGGCUACAUUUGGUAUUGUACUUUGGCUGCACUCAUAACAUGUGCAUUCAUAUAAGCCAGUAUAUGAUAAUGUGAAUAAUAAGCUAGAGUGAACUGGAAACUGAACUGGUUGCAAUAGAAUAGCUGGUACAGCACCACUUAUCAGAUUA